AUGCGACAGGCCACGGCCGAUAACGUAGUCAAGUUCCUUGAAAGGGAGGUGUUUCAUGUUUUCGGGAUCCCGGAAUAUCUACAUUCAGACAAUGGGAAGCGAUUCGUUGCCAACAUGUUCGAGGCUUUCUUAGAGAAUUACGGAGUUAAGCAUAUAAAGACAGCAUUCUAUUCACCUCAAACUAAUGCUGCCGAGCGCGUGAAUAGGUCUGUUCUUCAAAUGCUAAGAUCUUAUAUAGGCAGUAGUCAAAGAAAUUGGGACCAGCACUUGAGUGACGCGGCAUUUGCUUUGAGAAUUGUGACACAUUCAGCGAUAGGUGUAUCUCCAUACUACGCAGUGUUCGGAAUACCGAUGGUGCAACACGGCGCGGCGUAUGACGUGCUUAAAAAAUUAGGUUCCAUCAAGGACACUGACUGCGCUGUAGAAUUGGGUCUAGAAAAGCAUCAAACGAUUAGGGAUAAGAUAUUCAGCGAACUAAAACGAGCACAUAGCAUAAGCGAAAAGGUUUACAAUACUAGGACGAAAAAUAUUGAAUUUAAAAUCGGCCAGUUAGUGUACCGCCGCAAUUUUAGACAGAGCUCGCUGAUGGACCAUUAUAAUGCCAAACUUGCGCCGAAGAAUGUUCAGUGCGUCAUAUUACGAAAAGUUGACACAGCGCUUUAUGAACUAGGCGACACCUCUGGUAAGAAGUUAGGCGUGUACCAUGCGAAAGACAUGUUUGUAGCAUAG